AAUUAACAUUAAUUCUGUAGCUAGACUUGGACUUUGACUUUUAUUUGCGGAAAGAAUAGGUAAGGGAUGUUUCCUAUGGAUUUGUUUUUAUUGAUGGUUGUAUCUCUCUUGUAGGUGUGUGAGCCUGUGUCACUAAGUCUUCCAAGAUGAUCUGGUUUAUUUUAAUAGCAGGGAUUCUACUUGCUCCAUCUUUGGCUCAUCCAGGGUUUUUUACUUCAAUAGGUCAGAUGACUGACUUGAUCUACACUGAGAAAGAUCUGGUGACUUCUCUGAAAGAUUACAUUAAGGCAGAAGAGGACAAAUUGGAACAGAUAAAAAAAUGGGCAGAGAAAUUAGAUCUGCUCACCAGCACAGCAACGGAAGAUCCCGAAGGAUUCGUUGGGCAUCCUGUGAAUGCGUUCAAGUUGGUGAAGCGCCUGAACACUGAGUGGAGUGAGCUGGAGAACCUCGUCCUGAAGGACAUGUCCGACGGCUUUAUUUCUAACCUGACCAUCCAGAGGCAGUAUUUCCCUAAUGAUGAAGAUCAGGUCGGGGCAGCCAAAGCUCUGUUGCGUCUCCAGGAUACCUACAAUUUGGAUACAGAUACCAUAUCAAAGGGUAAUCUUCCAGGUGUAAGACACAAAGCUUUUCUAACAGCUGAGGACUGUUUUGAGUUGGGCAAAGUGGCCUACACAGAAGCCGAUUAUUAUCACACAGAGCUGUGGAUGGAGCAGGCACUGAAGCAGCUGGAGGACGGCGAGGUCUCCACCAUUGAUAAAGUCUCUGUUCUAGAUUAUUUGAGCUACGCAGUGUACCAGCAAGGAGAUCUGGAUAAGGCACUUGCGCUGACAAAGAAGCUUUUGGAACUAGAUCCUGAACAUCAGAGAGCUAACGGUAACUUAAAAUAUUUUGAGUAUAUAAUGGCUAAAGAAAAAGAUACAAAUCAGUCUACUUCAGAUGGCCAGUCUGAUGAGAAAGUCGCGCCGAGGAGAAGAGGGGCUGCUGUGGAUUACCUGCCCGAGAGACAGAAGUACGAGAUGCUGUGCCGUGGGGAGGGUGUCAAAAUGACUCCUCGGCGACAGAAAAAGCUCUUUUGCCGCUACCAUGAUGGAAACCGGAAUCCUAAAUUUAUCCUGGCUCCAGCCAAGCAGGAGGAUGAGUGGGACAAGCCUCGUAUUAUUCGCUUCCAUGAUAUUAUUUCUGAUGCAGAAAUUGAAAUUGUCAAAGAUCUAGCAAAACCAAGGCUGAGGCGAGCCACCAUUUCAAAUCCAAUAACAGGAGACUUGGAGACGGUACAUUACAGAAUUAGUAAAAGUGCCUGGCUUUCCGGCUAUGAAGACCCUGUAGUAUCUCGCAUUAACAUGAGAAUACAGGAUCUCACGGGCCUAGAUGUUUCCACAGCUGAGGAAUUACAGGUAGCAAAUUAUGGAGUUGGAGGACAGUAUGAACCGCACUUUGACUUUGCACGGAAAGAUGAACCAGAUGCUUUCAAAGAGCUGGGGACAGGAAAUAGAAUUGCCACAUGGCUGUUUUAUAUGAGUGACGUGUCUGCAGGAGGAGCCACUGUUUUUCCUGAAGUAGGAGCUAGCGUAUGGCCCAAAAAAGGCACUGCUGUUUUCUGGUAUAAUUUGUUUGCCAGCGGAGAAGGAGAUUACAGUACACGGCAUGCAGCCUGCCCAGUGCUGGUGGGAAACAAAUGGGUAUCCAAUAAGUGGCUGCAUGAACGCGGACAGGAAUUCCGAAGACCCUGCACUUUGUCAGAAUUGGAAUGACGGGUUCCCUCGGCCCCCGCUCUCCUUUCCCAGUCUCACCUUUCAGGAGUUUACAAUCGACUAACACUCCAUGAUUCAGUCGUGAACCUCAGCCUGCGAUCCAUCUGUGGACAAUCACAUUGUGGGUUUUGUUUUUCCUUAUCAAAGUGAAUCACUACAUUGUACAUAUAAAAUAGGCAGAGUUAAAAAUAAGGCAUUUUCAAUUUUGUUAAAAAAAAACUUUUGGAUUGGAAUGGAAGUAAGAGUCAGCGUUAGAUUUCCCUUACGUCUCGGCUGGAGCGGUGCUCGGUCGGGGUCUGCCCGGAGACCUGCGAGGCCUCGGGCCUGGGCCCCGGCCAGCUGCCCCCCAGCCGUCCUCACAGACCUCACCCUCGAUUUUGCUGGUCCCCUUCUUCUCUCGUUGCCCAUGUGGUGAAUUAAACUGCUACAGCCAAAAAGCUUGUUUAAACAACAUCCUGCCGUAACACUGGGCCUUUGUCACAGAGACGCUCACCGAGUUUGUUGUUUCUUCUAAAAUGAGCUGCGCCUCUGCGGGUUUGCUGUCCGUGCUUUGCCUCCUGCAGCAGCGGGCGGGGACACUGGCCUUCUGAUUCAACAAAUACCGUGCCUUAGGAACCUGGGAGCUUAAAAUUGUACAAGUCCUUUCAGUGAUGAGCGAAUUGAUUUUUAAAGUAAUUUUUCUUGGAAAGCCAAAAUGUUUGUUUUUUAAAAACUUUGAAAUGUGUUGUGACAACAAUGACCUAUUUAUGAUCUUAAACCUUUUUAAAAAAUGUUUUCUGUGUAUUUUUCCUAUUUAAAUAUGAAUGUAUGAUAGAGCAGUAGCAGGCUCAUUGUCACAUUAUUUCUUUAAGACACAGGACUGAAGCUCACACUCUUGGUUCUCAGGCUAAUGUCACAUUACAACUGUAGUGAAGUGCACACUUGGCUAGGCUUGUGGGGUGCCCACCAGCGUUGGCACCCAAGGCUUUCCCCCUUUGAAAACGCAGUGUGCUGCUAGGAAGCUGGUGAGGCGUGGCCACAGGUCCCCAUCGUCUCACUAGGACUCUGUCCUGUAUACAGUGUCCAGAUAUUUGAAGGAGAAUAUGGUUAAUUCUCUAAGAGGGUAGAUAAUGUAAUUUUUAAUGAACUGUGAGUUUCUCCCACUACAUUUGGUUCCACUUCAGGUAUUUAGUAAGAAUAUAUAAAGUGGUGAACCUAAUUACCAAUUUUAAGAAAAAUAAGUGCUAAAAGAAAGAAACCAAACGUAGAAAGGAAGGUCCAGCUUCCUGCCGCUGUGGUCCUUCCAUGUCAUUAUCCAGUUCAUGGUUCUAGAAGCUCGAUCCCAGAGCCUGGAGCUGCGUCGGCCCAUGGCUGCUGCCAACUGAUGAACUUGUCAGAGUUAGAUCUUACAGAGCGCCUCAGCUUUGCACACAUGCCAAGGGGGAGGAGCCAACGGAAGCUUUGGCUCCACCUGUCUCAUAAUCCUUUGAUGCUGAUCUUUAAAGAAAUGAGGGCUGAAGUAUUCUGGGAAAUACGUAAAUUUUGGGUACCUCAACAGCACUAAGCUUUUCUUUGAAGACAAAGUUUCCUCGUUCACUAACUUCAAAUGUGGAGUUACCUCCAACAUGGAGCUUACCGAAGGAUCCCCAGCCUGGCGUCUGGGCAAGAGCCUCACACAGCUGCAGCAACCAGCAGGUUGAGUCUUGGAGAUGCUGAAUGGUAAAUACAGUAACAAUGUGGUAGUCCACCUACUUCAGUAAAGAUAAAAUGGUUAUUGCAGUGUGAGAAGGUUGAGAAGUUUUAACUGGUAAAAUAGCAUACAUAUGCAAUACAUGCUAUGAACUAGUGUUUGUGUAGAGAUAGUCUUAACACACAUGCCUGCAAAUUUAGAAGUCCGUGCAUGCUUUGUCACAAUUCACAAUUUCUGUGACCAGUCUGGAGUGUCUAUAGAUGCAGUCUUGUUGCUACUGGGGGUCUUACCUAGCCAUCUCCUGUCUGCUAUUCUCAGUCCUAUACCAAGUGCCCACUCCAGGGCACAAAGCCAUCAAAGGGACAGCUUCGGUGCAGGGGCAUAAACAUCGAGAUAACGAGAAAACACACACACACACAGUCACAGUCACCUGAGCAGGAAGAGAGAUGGCUGGGAGCAUGUAGAAGGGGUCAAGGACGGCAAGCUCUGAGGGAUGAGCAACCCAGGAACCAGCGUCUCCCCCUGCAGCAGGACUUCCUACUUGGCUAAAAACUUAGUCGGAGCAAAGAAAAAGUCACAGAUAAUCAACACUGCGGGAUCGCACAUGCCACAUUUAUCAGAAUAAAGUGAACUGCUUCUUCCUUUUUCUUACAAAGUUACACACACCCUAGGACCAGUGAAGCUCUUGGCUACGUUCUCUUCUGGGGACUUUAAACCUCGCUUUGUGUCAGUGCAGCCUUUGCUGAACUGUCUUGACUCGUGAAGACUGGUGUUUCAAACAGCCUGGGCUUGUAUGUUUGAGAUGACUUUCUCACUGUGAAGCAGUGGAACGCUGAUUCCCUUUCAAGGCUUUGCAAAGCAAGACAACCACAGAUGAAACCGGUUUUAAAAACAUAUGAAAGAUCCAACAUUUUUCCAGUUUUAUAAUAAGGCUUGUUUCUAACAAAUCUUUGGCUACCUAGAGUUCAGGAGGUGAUACUUGAAUCUUGAGUGACACACUGGCACGUCGGUGACCUUGAGGGGAGAAGGCUGUAGACUCAACUGCACUUGGGCCCUUUUGUUUAGGAAAGGCAUUCACUGAAGUCCGCAAGGCCUUUUUAAAAGGCAAAAUACUAAGAUUCUAUGACAUGCUACCCUUUUUAACCUUCACCAUGAGAGCGAAAGGCAGCCCUUCACUAAGUCAGUGUUCCCUUUGCCACACUCUGUUUCUGUCCGUGGCGUCUGACAGCACGUGGUGUGUAGUACGGCUUGUGGUGAGCUUACCCGCAGUUUCUGACGCACUCUGAAUGGGAUAAGGUGCUCAGGUCACAGUGCAUGACCUUGCAGCACUGCCCCCUUCACCCCACUCCAAGACCCACAGCGGAUGCCUGGAACCACGGCUAGUACCACAGCCUGUGUUUCCCGUGCUUUUUGUUAUCCGUACCUAUGGCAGAAUUUAUACAUCCAGGUAGUAAUAGUAAUGGAUU